UAUAUAUCAGUGAUAUGGAGAAUUCAUCGUAUAAAAUGACAGUUUGGUAUUUAACAUAGAUGUAUUAUACCUAAAGAAGAAAAGUAACGAUGGAGUGCAAGGAAAGUUCACAGGCAAAUUCAGUUUCAACGGAAAACGGAAGUUUGAAAACAUUCGUGUUUUCGAAACCGAAUAUACUUAGCCAUCCUAAAGUUAUCAGUUCUGAGGUUAAUUCAAGUCAAGCAUUGGAUAAUUUUACUGUUAAAAAAAAUACAUUUACUUUUGCUAUGCCAGUAGCAGUUUCACAACCUAGUAAUCAAAAUACACCCAUUUUUCAAUCAAGUAUUUGCGAAAAACAAUAUAAACCCAAAAUAACAAGGAAUUCUUAUAAACCAGCAGUUAAUGUAUUUGCCCAAGCGGUUAAAGAUAUUGCAAUGUUUGAGCAAUUAAAGAAAAAUUCUAGAUCACAAGUUACAAAAAUUAAUUCAGAAAACUCAUUAACAUGCACUAAUGUACCACAAUCUUUACUUACAAAAGUAUCAGCAAAAGAAUAUUUUAAACAAUUUGGAAAUAUUUUGAAAAUAACCAUUCGUCCUAAAAAGCAAGUAAUUAAUGUGACUUAUGCUACCAAAGAGGAAGCAAAUGUGGCUUAUAGUAAAUGUGGUGAAUAUUUAGGAGAAAAAUUCAGUAUAGACUGGAUGAAAUCGUGUACUUCGCCAAAAUCUCCUACGAAGAAAAAAGAUAUGCAAAAAAAUAUUGUAUCACAAAUUGUAACUAACUUUUUUCAAUCACCCGAAGAAGAAGUUAAGUUUGAGUUAGAUGGUAUGGUAAAUUUGGAUUAUAAUUUAAAUAAUAGAGAUAAUUUUGAUGGAACUUUGCAUAAAAAAGGUAAAAUGUUACAAUCAAAAAGUAUAUCAAAAUCAACAACAAGGACAGAAAAAACUAUAAAAUCUGAAAAACUCAAAUCUGAUAGCCAAAUAUCAGAUCUAUUACCUAAUGCUACUAUUGAGGAACUACAAAAUAUAAUUCAACAACCUGCAUAUACUUCUGAAGACAAAUAUAAAGUGUUAGAAGCAAGAGAUAGACUCAUGCGAAUGAAACAAAUUAAAUCUCAUACAUUAGCAGCAGCCAAAGUAAUGAUUGGAACAUGUCCUGAUAUGUGCCCUGAGAAAGAACGUCUUAUGCGUGAGGCAAAGAGACAAGUGGCAUUAUAUGAACUACUUGAAAGUACUGAAUAUAAAAUAAAUCAUACAAGAGCAGUUAAACAAUAUUCUAGAUCUUCUGCAGAUCAAGAAGAACCAAUGGCACAUGAACUAAGACCAGUGAAAUCUUUAAAGAUGACUAUGAGUUACUUACUUCAUGAAAUAGCAAAUCUUUGUGAUCAACAAGGAACAAAUUUAGCAGAAUGGUACCAUUUUUUAUGGGAUAGAACAAGAGGAAUUCGGAAAGAUAUAACACAGCAAGAAUUAUGUUGUACGGAUAGUGUUGAAUUAGUAGAACAAUGUGCUAGAUUUCACAUAGUAUGCUCUGAAAGACUUUGUGCAGAAGAAGCAUCAGUAUUUGACAAAAGAAUAAACUCUGAUAAUCUAACAAAAUGUUUACAGUCGUUAAAAUAUAUGUAUCAUGAUUUAAGAGUAAAGGGAAUUAGUUGUAAAAAUGAACCUGAAUUUCGGACAUACAUUAUUUUAUUAAAUUUAAACAAUGGCAAUUUUAUGUGGGAUUUGCAAAGAUUACCAAGAAAUAUUCAAAAAUCACCAGAAGUUCAUUUUGCAUUAGAAAUAUAUUUUGCUCUUGAAUCAAGUAAUUAUUAUAAAUUUUUCAAUUUAGUUAAAAGAACCACAUAUUUAAAUGCAUGCAUCUUAUUAAGAUAUUUUAGUCAGGUCAGAUUAAAAGCAUUAGCAUUAUUGGUAAAAGCAUACUGUAGAACUGCUUCAAUAACUGCUGCAUAUCCAUUGUACGAAUUAAUUGAUAUUUUAUGUUUUGAAAAUGAAAAUGAAGCUAUUUGCUUUUGUGAGCAAGUAGGAUUAAAUAUUUCAAAAGACGGAUUAUAUGUACUAUUAAACAGACACAAUUUUACUAUGCCUGUGUUAAAUAUAAAACAAGACAGAGCAUGCAAUUUGAUAGAAUCUAAGAGAACAGUACAACAAUUAUCUAUUGGAGAAUGUAUAGCUGGUGGAGAAAUGCCAGAGAAAUCUUAUAAGUAUCAUAAACCACAUAAUAGUUUUGAUUCACAUGGUUAUUUAACAUCUGACUCUAUUAAUGCAGGAGAUCAAAGCAAAAAUGUUACUUUAAUAGAUGAUCCAUAUGAGUUUAAAGAUGAAGAUAUAAUUAAAACCAAGCAGCUGACAUCAACUUCUAGCAAGAAUCAGACUAAUAUUGAAAACACAAUGAAUGCAGACUAUACAAACAUAUUCAAAUCUGUUACAAAUGUGGAACCCGAUACAAAUAAUUUUACAACUACACAAUCUGAUAACAAUAUUUCUUUUGCUUCCAAACUUCAAACACAAACUAACAAAUUUCAAGGAAAUACAAAUGCAACACUGAAACUUCCAAAAGUAGAAAACCAAAAUGAGUCAAAUGUAUUUAAUCUUAAAUCGAAACCACAGAAUACUACAAUGAAUGAAAGUAACACCAAUGCAUCUUUAAUUUCGUCUAAUACAUUCAACAGAACGUCAGCAAAUGUUAAAACUUCUAAUAUAUUUUCUAAACAGUCUGUUUCGGUGUCAAACAAUGAUGCUGCCUCAUUUUUGCCUGUAGAAACUAUUUCAAAAUCAUCAUCAUGUAUACCAAACAUUAAAACUAAUGUGAUUAAAAAUACGUCAAAAGACGUACAGAAUACAAUUGCUCAUACACAAGAAAUACAAGAAAAGACUUUACAAGAAAAAGAAGAUGAGAAGUUGAAACUGAAAGAAAAAGAACAUGUUCAAAAGAUGCAACAAGUUAAUGAAGUUGCUGAACAGAUUUUAAACAAACUGCAGACGGAAAUUAUAAAAUCAUGUUGUUCUAAUAUAGUAACAGAAGAGCUUGAUAAAAUACAUGCUUACAACACAUUAAGCGAAGAUGUUAGUAGCCAAAUUUUGAACGAAAUUAUUCAUGAAAUAUGUGAUAAUACAUUAAAAGAAGAAAUUAUUAAUGUACAAAAAGUAUAUGAUCUGUCCAUGAAAAUAAAGAAUAGAGUAAUUAUAAAAUACUUUAAUAUAUGGAAACUUAAUACUUUGAAGAAAAAGCAACAAAGAAUAGCACUAGAUGGUACACCAGUAUGGUUACAAAAGCACUCCAGUAAGGAUUGUGCAAAAUUAUUAUAUUCUAAAGGACAAGAUUUAGUUAUUCAAACUAUGUGCAAAAAACAAAAUGAAGAGAGGAUUGUAAAAGCAUAUUCUGAAUCUCUACCGAAAAUUGAAGAAAUAAUUUAUAGUGGUAUUAAAGAAAAUUUGAAAUCUUGUGAUAUCAAUGUUCAUUUCAAUUACUAUUGGAAACUAGUUAUUUCUUGGCCAAAUUUACAUAAUAAGCCUGUCUUAUGGCAUCACAAGAAGAUAAUGAACCAGUAUAUUUAUCCAGAUGAUUAUACUAUGGAUCCCAUCAUAAAACUUUAUCAUCCAAAUCACAUUGAAACUUUACAUAUUUGUAUUAGACACUUUGAAGGAUUGAUUAAUGAUCACAAUUUAGUAGGAUCAGAUGCUCUGUUAUUUAUUGCAUCAGCUUCAGAAGAAAUUAAACUUGUUACAAGACGUUUAAGUAAGACUGUACUAUCUAGAGAUAGGCUUAUGCCUAUACCUCUUGUAUUUAUUAUCUUAGGUGAUUUAAACAUUGAAUUCCAACACAAAGAAGUUGAUUCAAUUUUAGAAGAAUUAUUAGAAUCUGGAUAUUUAUCAACAUAUACAGUUAUUCGUGAGGAGAAUUUAACUGAAGAAACAAUUUUAAAGUUAACAAAAAGUGCAAUAUUUUGGUUAUCUAUUAAUAAGUCACCACAAAAUCCAUUAGAAAUGGAUUACUUACAAGACAUAUAUGACACCUGUUUAACAGAAGAAUUAUGGUUAAGGAUAUACAAUGACACAUUCUUAAAUGAGAAAUUGUCACAUGCUCUAAAUGAACCCAAAUUCAUGAUCAAUUUACAUAAUGAAGCAAUCACUCACAUAAUAGACAUAUUAUUGAAUCCAGAAUCUUUUAUGUAUACAAAAUUUGCACCAGAAUUAAAAAAAUUUAUUAGAAAUCAAUAUGCACUUCCAUGCAGUUAUGAAUAUUUUGAUGAUACUUGGAAAAAUGAGGAGUAUAAAGCAGAAUUAGAAAAAGUGAUGUGUACUUUUAAACUACCUCAAUGGAAUUAUGGGUGGCCCAUAAAUGACAAUAAUGCACUUUAUCAAAAUAUAACAAAUUACUGUCAGAAAGCAUUGUCUAAUAAUGAGGUAUCUUCUGACAUAUUAAGUAAUUUAUUAUUUACACCUGGAAUAUCAGUAAUGUCGAACUUUAUCGAUAUUUUGUUAUAUAUCGUUAAGAAAAAAAUACAUCUUCUUGACAAAAAUUUUAAAGUAGUGUAUAAUAAGAAUCACAUAAAAUGCUUUCGAACUUUGCCAUGGUGGUUGAAAUCUAAUCUAUUAAGAGAAUAUAAAUUUGCACCAACAAAAUCUAUUGUAAACAAAAAUAAAGGGCAACAUAAAAAUGAAAAUGAUUUAAAUGAGCCAGUGGUAAAGAAGCAAAAGUUAUACCAAAAUGAUAUGGUAUGUGAACCACUGGCAACAUUUUGUGAAAAUAGUCGAAGUGAAAUAAUGAAAGUACAUUGUAUUUCGAAAAAGGUAGAAAAUCAUUUAAAGACACAUAAACAACAAAGUCUUUUAUUCGAAGAAAGAUUAAAAAAUGCUUUGUUAAGUGAAACUCAGUGUAUUUAGUACUGUACAAAUGUAAUGCCUAACUUUUCUUUCUUAUAGCUGUAACAGUGCCUCAAAGACUAUUGUAUUUUACAGUAUUUGUUAACAAAUAAGACACAUUAUAAAUAAUACAUAAUAAUCUUUUUCUGUAAAUUCUUAAAUUAUAAUUUUUUGAAUAUGAUGUAUAAUAUGAGUGUGAAAUAUAAUAUUUAUGGAAUACUCAUGAAAUUAUCCACAUUACAUUUAAAUUGUACAUAACAUUUUGUAUAUAUGAUUUUGAAUAAAUACUUAAGUGUGGAAACUUUUUUUUAUAACAUUAUUGAGCGAGCGAGCCGAAGGCGAGCAAAGCUCUUAUACUUGACUUUGCAACUUCUUUGUCCGCGUUUUUCUUUUGCAUCACUCAACCAAUUCUCGUCAGGUUUUGCAUGCACAUGCGUAUGUACAUCCAGAUGGACAUAGAAAAAAAAAAAUUUUAAUCGGACUUGCCACGAACGAAUAAUCACCGA